AUGGCCAAUCCACGCUACACCUUGACUGAUUCCGAGCGUGUGGCUGUCAUCGCUUUGAAGGAAGUCUGUGAAACAGAAGGCAUUGCAUACAGCAAUCUAUUUGAGUUGGCCAAGUAUGUUCUGGUGGUGCAGUCUUCCUUUCCAGACUCUGAUGAGAAGGCACCCCAGAAGCGGCUUGAAAAAGCAAAGUCAUUACUGAGAAAGAGGAACUCAUGGUUAAAGGCCAAUGAUCUUGAAACCGUCGACCCCAUGGCAGCACUUGAGGAUUUGUACAAAGCCUGUCCAAAAUUCUUUUACACCAAGUAUACGCACGACAAAGAUGGAAGAGUUGUGGUGGGUCAUGAUCAGGUUCACGCCCCGGCUGAUUACAUGUACAAAAGCAAAGAGAACAUGACCACUUUUUUGGCUGCAGAGCAGUUGAGGAUGAACAUGGGUGCUGUUGAUUUGGAAGAAGCUCGUCUUGGGUUCUGCAUCGUUGGAAUUUUAGAUGGAAAAGGAUCUGCGAGUGGUGCUGUUCGCUACAUUCGGAUGUCAACCAAGUCCAAAGAGAAUGUGAAGGGCAUGCAUCCACAUCGAAUUCGAAAGAUCUAUUGCGAAGUCCCUUCUUUGUAUAUGUAUGCUGCCCGUGCUUGUAUGGCCAUUCUACCAAAGAAGAUUGUGGAAAGAAUCCUGCUUUUUAGUAGCUUGCCUGCAUUGGAGAAUCAUAUGCAGACCAAGGAAACAAUCCCCAAUACAAAUGUCUUGGAAUGGGCAAAAGCACGCCAGGCCAAGUACCUCGAAACAUUGGAGAGGCUGUCCCUUUGA